AGGCGAUCAAAGAGCAGUAUUUAGGAAGUAAGAAACCUAAGAAGAGAGUGAUUAGUGAGAAGCUUCGGUUUUCUUCCGACUGGGAAAAUACCGAGGAUACGUCUCGUGACAUGAAUGUCUUGUAUCAGGCGAAGCCCUUGUUUGGGACAGGUCUUUGGGCGGGUAUGGAUAGAAUAGAGCAAAAGAAAUUCUCUGUAAAGAAUGAGAAACAGUUUACAAAGAAGGAUAGGAGAGUUGAUCGUCACUGGUCAGAGAAGAUACUUGGAGACAUGAAGGAAAGGGAUUGGACGAUAUUCAGGGAAGAUUUUGAUAUAUCGUAUAGAGGUUCCAAAGUUCCUAAACCGAUGAGGACUUGGGUUGAGAGUGGGUUGAGUUAUGAGCUCCGGAAAGCUGUGGAUAGGGUCGGUUACAGGACUCCGUCUCCUAUUCAAAUGGCGGCGAUCCCUCUUGGUCUUCAACAACGUGAUGUUAUUGGAGUUGCGGGGACUGGUUCAGGUAAAACUGCUGCCUUUGUUCUUCCUAUGUUAGCUUACAUUAGUAUAUUACCUCCUAUUAGUGAAUUAAAUGAGGUUGAGGGUCCUUAUGCGGUCGUCUUGGCACCUACUAGAGAACUAGCACUGCAGAUAGAGGAGGAGACUGUUAAGCUUGCUCGUUAUGUAGGCAUUAAAGUUGUUUCUAUUGUUGGCGGGCAGUCGAUUGAGGAACAAGGGUUUAAGAUUAGACAAGGGUGUCAGGUUGUCAUUGCUACUCCCGGGCGUUUGAAAGAUUGUUUGGAGAGACGUUAUGUUGUUUUAAACCAGUGUAACUAUGUCGUUCUUGAUGAGGCUGACCGUAUGAUGGACAUGGGGUUUGAGCCACAAGUUGUGGGUAUUCUUGAUGCAAUGCCGUCAAGUAACUUGAAACCUGAAAAUGACUAUGAAGACCUUGAUGAGAAAAGGAUAUAUAGAACCACAUAUAUGUUUAGUGCUACGAUGCCUGCAGCUGUUGAGCGACUAGCCAGAAAAUACUUGAGGAACCCUAUUGUGGUGACUAUUGGAACUGCAGGAAAGGUGAAUGAUUGUAUUACACAGCAUGUUAUCAUGGUGAAAGAAUCAGAAGAAAUGCCUAGAUUGAAAAGGUUGCUUGAUAGACUGGUGGAUAAAAGAGCCAUUGUGUUCGUAAACACCAAAAAGUCUGCUGACUUUGUAUCAAAGACAUUGGAAAAGUCGGGUUAUCAUGUGACAACUUCACACGGUGACAAGUCACAAGAGCAAAGAGAAAUCAGUCUUGAGGGUUUCAGGACUAAGAGAUUCAACAUUUUAGUUGCCACCGAAGUUGCAGCACGAGGGAUUGAUAUACAUGAUGUGACUCAUGUCAUAAACUAUGAUAUGCCUGGAACCAUUGACAGUUAUACACAUUGUAUAGGACGCACAGGGCGUGCGGGGAAGACAGGCACGGCUACAACAUUCUUGACGCUUGAUGAUUCUAAUGUGUUUUAUGAUCUCAAGCAGAUGCUUACAGAGAGCAAGUGUUCCGUGCCUCCUGAACUUGCUAGACAUGACGCUUCCAAGUUCAAGCCUGGAUCGAUUCCUGAUAGACCAUCUAGAAGAAAUGGCACAGAUUCAUUAAGGUUUUUAUGCAAGUAAAUCAUGCUCUGGAUUCAGUUAUCUUGCGUAUAGUAUACGCUGGUUUUGAAAAUGCUAUAGAAGGAGACGAGGUCCCCAAAUAUCUGAUGAGUCGAAUGGUGGACUGGUGGUUGCUUAUACAUUGUAGGGGAAGUCAUUGGACCACCCUUACAAGAAAAAGGUACUUAUUAAACAAAACAAAGAAGACCAGAUAAUUUUUUGCUUGAUAUUCAUAAGACAAUAAAUGUAGUUGAAUGAUGAACUUAUGACGAAAUUUCAGUGUCUAAAACCUCGUCGAGUAGUACUCUAAGUUAUCGUGACAAUCUCAAGGAGUAUGUGGUAUGUGUCAGCAUUCUGUUUUUUGCUGGCAGAGUGGCAUCUGGAAGCAAGUCAUUGUUAUUUCCUUGGCUAUUUCUAUCCUUGAUUUCUCAGAUUGCUCUUCAACAUUUAAAUCAUUUCUUAAAAGAUGCAGACAACUAUCCAAGAUUUGAGGCAACUUGAGAAUUGCUUCACUCCAAGACUUUCGAGGGCUUUUUGGAUAGUGGUUUGGCGCCACAUGGCGGAAGUCCCCCCUUAAGAGGCUUGCCUCACUCCUCUUAGUCUUAGCAACCUUCAGAAGUUUGGCUCAAGCCAAGCUCUCUCUCUCUCUUUCUCUGAAAAAGCCUUUUGCUUCAAUGCUAUUAAAUUACCGGAGUUUAUUAAACAUGUAUUUCCCUUUUGUUAUAAAUGUAAAAUGUUGUACAUGUCGCUAGAAAAGCAUAUUUAAAGACAAUUAUCUUUAUGUACAACCUCUUAUAACGUUUUGACCAUAGUUUUUGAAACUAUGUUUAACAAAAUCCUAAAUUAAUGAUACCUUUUAUUUGGUCAUUCUAGCUAGUUGCAAUAAUCAAUCAGAGAUGUGUCUAAUCUCAAAAAGGUAAACAGUAGUUGUUUAGGUAAACUUGGAAUUGGUAGGUUAAAUGUUUAUUUGUUACAUACAACCUUCUAGACAAUUUUGUUCAUUUCAUCAUUAAUUGUAAUAAUAUUGUUAUGGUAACAUAACUCAUAAGUAACACACUAACUAAUUAUUGUAUUGCAGCGAAGUACACAAAAAUGCUUGUAGGUCAACUUGACCCAAUUCAGAUUAGCCCAUUUUGUCAUGUUAUUGACCUGCCCAUCUUGUCACGUCUAGCAAUAAGUCUAGGAAUCAUUAAUAUUAAUCCAUAUGUUUGGGUGAAAGUUAUAUGUAAACCAACUUCAUUGCUUGCUUAGCUUAAACUUUGUAAGUUUUUUGGCUUUUUGAUGCUACAAGGUUGUGAAAAAACUGCAUAUUCUUGUCCUUUUUUUUUGCUACUAGAGAUCCUGGCACUAUUCCCCGAAACCCUUCAUCUCAGAUCUAGAUGAUGAUUGGGAUGCUCCUAGCAUGUCAAUCAACUGGGCUACAGUUCAAGGUGGUAAAUAGUUUUCAAUAAAUAAAAAAAGCCUCAAUGUUAAAUUGUUAAUGGAACGUUUGUUAGGGUCAAGUUUUGUCAAAUUUGCAUGCUUUAUCGCCCGGAAAGAUGCUCACAUUUCUCCUUCUGCAACAACUAUGUUGACCACUUUGAUCAUCAUUGCCUGUGGGUGGGACAGCGUAUAGGCAAGAAAACAGUUCCGGCAUCUGGGAAGCUUUGAUGAAGUUUCGGUUAUCUGGAAUGCUUAUAACAUACACAUGUACAGCUUCAUGGUUUGUAGGAGGCUUAUUUGCAUUUCAUCUAUAUCUGGUCAUCACCAACCAAGUACACUUUUUCCUCAUUCUUGUUCUCCACAUCAAUGAGCAAAUAGACGUGACUCCCUAUGAAAACUAUGUAAACUUCAGAAAUCGGUAUAUGAGAGGAGGAAGAAUUCCUUAUGGAUGUGCUCGGAACUUGAAAAAAGUCCUUUUUUCUAAAUUACCCUGCUCCCAAUAUGAAAUUCGUACAUAUGUAAGACCUGAAGUGUAUACUCAAUGCAACAGUUGAAGAUAUUUUGGGUAUGCAUUUAGCCUCAACUUUUCUAUGCAAAGCGAUGAAACAGAAACUUAUGUUGACGGAAUUGAGUUGGAUCCGGAGAGAUGUGACACAAGUGGAACGGAUCAUUCAAGUAUGUGGGUAAUUGCACCUGAUUCGCAUCAAAGUUUAUAACAGAAAAUGUAACCAAAUAUAAAGAGAAAAGACGAGGAGUAUAGAACAGUUUACUGUUGAUAGAAAGGCGAAAGAGAUAGGAUAGGUUUCCUGUGAUUUGCAUUGGAAAUGGUCGUUUGAGCGACUUGUUUUUUGGUAUCCUUGUAUCAAGGCCAACAUAUGUUAAUGAAAAUAAGCUCAUUUUGUAUAAAGGAAGUUGGAGAUCUUUAUUUUA